AUGUUUGUAAAUAAUUUCAAAGAAAAGGCAACCAGUAGUGGUGGAGGGUUUUUCUUUGACUAUUGUGUGGAUGAAAAUCGACAUUUGACUAGAGUUUUUUGGGCGGAUGCCAUUAGUAGGAAAAACUAUUCUCUUUUUGGUGAUAUGAUAUCAUUUGAUACAACUUUUGAUACCAAUAAAUGUUGUAUGGUUCUUGCCCCAUUUACUGGAGUUGAUCAUCAUGGAAAAUGUGUUACUUUUGGUAUGGGCCUACUUGCAAAGGAAGAUAUAGAAUCUUUCGUUUGGUUGUUUGAAUGUUUUUUAAAAGCUAUGGGUAAUUGUCAACAUACUUGUCUCAUUACUGAUCAAGAUGCAGCAAUGAAACAAGCAAUUGAAAAAGUUUUCUCUAAGCCAUUUUAUAGACUUUGCAUGUGGCAUAUCAUGAAAAAAGUGCCGGUAAAAGUAGGUCCAGAUAUGUGUAGAACAACGAUGUUUCUUGAGAAACUGGAUGCUGUUGUUUGGGAUAGAGACCUUGAGCCAGAUGAAUUUGACAAAGGGUGGAAUUCUGUGAUGCGUGAAUUUGGCUUAGAAGAUGAUGGGUGGUUUACUGAUAUGUUUAACAUAAGACAUAUGUGGAUCCCUUCUUACUUUCGAAAUCUUUUCAUGGGUGGUAUUUUGAGGUCCACACAGAUUUUAGAGUCUGAGAACAACUUUUUCACUUUGUUUACAAAUGCAAAUCUUCUUCUAGUUGAGUUAUGGUUUCGGAUAGAAUCAGUCAUGGAUGCUCAAAGACAUGCCCAAAACAAACUUAACUCAGAUUCUAAGAAUUCCAUGCCUCGUCUCAUUACUCCUCUUCCUUUAGAGAAGCAUGUAUCUCUUGUUUACACACACAAUAUGCUCUACAAAUUUCAGAGGGAGUUUCAAAAUGCAAUUUUUAAUUGUGGGGUUUACAAAGUACAAAUAGAGGAAGCUGUUGAGGAGUUUGAAGUUACAGAUAAUACAAGGAAGAAAACAUAUCAUGUAACUUAUAUUCCUGAUUCUCAUGAUUGUUUUUGCUCUUAUGCUUCAAAAAAGCCCAUUUUCGACUUUUGUGAGGACUUUGGUGGUAAAGAAAUAAAUAAGAAGAAAAAAGUUGUUGGGGAUCUUUGGUCGAAAUUCUUCCCAUGUGUAAGCCUUGUUGAAAAUAACACAGACCAUCUUGAGUUAUUAUUGGAAAGGUUAUCUGCUUUUGAGGAGGAAAUGAAACCUGGAAAAGAAAAUGUUGAGCAACAAUCUAAAGACAAGCAUAUUGAGUUGUUCGUUGGUUCUAAUAUAGUAUCAGGUGGUAUACUUCCUCCAAACAAGUCUUCAAACAAAGGAAGUGGUACGGGAAAGAGAAAGAAAAGAGAUCAAGAGAUAGCCAUUGAAGCAAGCAACAAAAGGGAGAGACUUUGUAGAUCAUGUGGUCAACUUUCAACUCAUGAUAGUCGUAAUUGCCCUGAGAAAAAGAAAAAUCUAGAAUGA